AUGCACCCAGCUUCUCCACAGGCGUCUCGUUCACUCCGUUCAUAUUCUAUAUCAUCUACGUCGUCGUCUCCUCGGCCCUCAAUCAUCACCGCACGACCUAGUUUUCCUUGGGUACCUCAUCCACGCCCCUCUUCGCUUGGCCAGCACUACAGCCAAAGUCCGGUUCCUGGCAUAUCCAGCUCGAGUUGGGAGCGUGACUCAUCAAGUUCAGGGGGCUCUCCAAUGAAGCAAGUGAUACCACAAGCGGUUUCAGCGACUGUUUCGGCACCAAUGGAAGACCAUACCAUGCGGCAGUGGUCAUUCAACGCCUUUGAAUGGCAAGUUCGCGAUGUUCUGGGUCUCAAAGAAUAUUUAGAUCGUUGGAGUGCAGAGCAGGCCUCUUCCGUUACUCAUGCAAAUCAAGGGCACUUGGACGACGGGAGCAAUCACAGUGUACCAGAGCUGCUUCGAGAGAGCCCCAUAAUUGGAGAUGGAAAAUUCAAACUUGAGGUGUGCGCCUCAUGUGCGCCUGCCAGGCCGGACAUCCCACAAGACUCUACUGGGCCCGUUGAUCCUCGGUUAUCCGCGUUUGUUACAUCUCUCAUGCUUGACUAUGCUCCUCAUACAGAUACCGAGCUAUGUACUACAAUGAUGGCUGCUAUCAAAGUACGCGGGGACCUGGCAGGGGAGAGGGGCGCACGUGCAGACUGGGUUUGGGAGUUUUGGGACCAGGAAUGGACAUUCCGCAAAGAAAAUGAAUUCUGGGAAUGCUCGUUGCCUCCGCUAUCAACUCUGCUUGAGCACCCCCGGAUUGCCGCGACCAAUAGCUUUGUCCUUUGCAUCCAGAUUCAUACGCCAGUUGGACCCCAAAUUCCACAACAGCCAUCUAUCUAUUAUGUCCCGAAGGACCUCCUCGAAGGAAUUGAAGCCUCCUUGGACAAUUCUAAUACUGGUGAUGUGCAGUUCGUAUGCCUCGAGCGUCUGGACUCGACCAGUUCUCCACCAGAGUCUUCUACACCAAAUUCUCGUCGAUCAUCUUCAGAAUCCUCCGCUCACCCUGUCCUAUCAUCUCCUAAACUUGUGGCACGUAAAAGAAUUAUUUACGCUCACUCGGACAUCCUUAGAUCACGAGGUGGUGGCGAAUACUUUUCGACAAUGUUUUCUUCAGGCUUUUCUGAAAACGCAACCCCUUCUCCUGGGGAAAGGAAGAUACAUACCGUCGUUGUUGAAGAAGCAGAUUUCAGCACAAUAUUUUGGAUGCUGAAAUGGGUUUACGGUAAUUGGCUAUUAUUCCAGGAUGAUGACGAUCCUCGUAUUGUAUUCAAGGCGAUGGGACAGGGGCAAAGCGUCAAAUGGCUCCCAUCUUCCUAUGCUCCCGGACCUAGUCAAGGGCCACCGUCGUCAGCACGCCAGGCAGGCGAAUGGGACUGGCAAACUCUUUACCGAAUCGAUGCUUCUUCAGAGGCGGGUAGCCUUAGUCAAAGCCUUCGUAGCUUGGUCUUGGACGAUCCGAAUCCCGAGGCAGGACAUGCUCAAACAUCGAGUCAAGCAUCAAGUGGCCCUCGGGCCGAACCAGAAGUAUCCCCUGAAAUCAGCCCGCGUGUAUCCACCGCAUCGAUGCCCCGCGCUGCUACGCGUACGACGCCUGGGACAGGUGUGCGACGAGGUAACAACAAAGGCAAUACAACGGGGCCUCCAGCGCGUGGUGCAGCUACGGGCAGUUCUACAUCUACCUCGAGCUCAUUCCGAGCCGGUAAUCUGGGUUCGCUAACGUUCCCCGCAUGCACCUCGCUUUUCACACACCCACUCUCAUGGCCACUCACAUCCUCACGCUCUCACCCCCCGCCCCCAGCCAGACCCUCAUCCUCACCCGACCCCACCACCGCCACCAGCAUCGGCGCUCGCAGUUUACCAAACCGCACACCGCUAUGCGUUGCCAGGUUUGGCACAACUGGCGUUGAAUCAUAUUCUAGAAACAAUCACACCCCAAAGAGCAUUUGCCCUACUGCUGGCCACCCGAGUGUGGGAUGA